UCUGCCUAAUAAUGUUGAACAGAAUAUUGAAUUGAACUGCAAAAUUAUUAACCAAUGUAUAAAUACAAAUCCACAUAUAUGAUUAUAUGUUAGUUAUGUACUUAUGUGUGAAUGUUUUGUGUAUGGAAGUAUAUAUAUUUGUGAAAUAUGACUAUAUUAAAUGAGUAUGACAUAUACUUCUCUAACUUGUUGUCUCCUCUUAGGAAUGUUAAUGGUGCGAAAUCUGCAUUCAACAACAAUGGCAACAAGUUUGUAAAGAGUUUUACUUGUCCUGUGAAAUACGAGGGAGAUACGUCAGAUAUUGAUGUCGAAGCAGAGGAAUUCAUCAAACAGAAGCUGAAGCAGCUUAUGUUCGACGGCGAAUAUGAUGUUAAAACCAAAGGGUUUACUGACCAAGAGGAUGUUGCUAUUGCUAACAAGGGAGAAGAUGAAGUCUAUGUAGAUGUCAAAGCAGAGGAAUUUAUCAAGAAAAAGAAAUCAGAACUCAGGAAGGUCUUCAUGAAUGCAGGACCUAAAAACCAAGCAACAACUACAACAACCUGGCCUUUUUGCAUGAUGAAACAACAAUAAGAAGUACUACUAAUUUUGUUUUGUUUGGAUGCGAACUAGCUUAGUUGGUUAAUUAUGGUCGACAUGGUAGCUCGAUAGCUGCAAGGUGAUACCUAGAACUUGAUAUUGGAUUGUACAAAGCAUUUAUUUUACACAAAUUGAAAAUUAAGACAAUAACUUUACAG